AUGAUAACACCUUCAGCAUCCUCAAACCCAUUGUCUGUUCUAUGUGAGACCGAGCAGACAACGGGAAAACUGCCGUCUGCCACUCCAACAUACAUUUUGCGUGGCCAUGGGUCGCCAAUCCACGCCCUUCGUUUCUAUAGCGGGAACUCAAGACUUAUCUCUGGCGAUGCGGAAGGCUGGGUAGUUGUGUGGAAUAUGAGGACGAAACGAGCUGUUGCUUCGUGGAGAGCCCAUGGGUCUGCUAUACUUGGGGUUGAAGGAGUUGAGUUCAGCUCAAAGCAGGAUGCAAAAAGUGCGGGAGAAGGAGGUGGGAGUGAAAGAUGGCUAUUUACACAUGGCCGAGAUCAUAAGCUCCGAGUUUGGCGUUUCAAUUUCGCUGAUGAAGAAGGAUUGGGCAAAGAAUUACCCGUUGAUGAGUCAAAGAGUGCUCAUCCAUUAAAUGAACCUUGGCUGUUUCAUUCGAUAUCCGUGAAUGCGUUGAAUUUUUGUGCAUUUGCACUAUGUCGCAUAUUCCCAGAUGAAAGCUUGACGUCAGAUGAGCUACCUCGCAGUUCUCAGAUAAGUCCCAGUACAGAAGAUACUGGGUUUCCAGAAAUUGGAAGUUCGAAUAGGCCACAUAUUUUCUUCCUCGCCGUGCCCAACGCCCUUAAUUCUGGCGGGAUAGAUAUUUUCCACUUACCGUCCGAAAAGCGCGUAUCGACAAUAUCUCCUGAUCCAUCAAUAAACACGGGAAUGGUCAUGGCUCUUGAGCUUUUCAGAACGCCCCAAGGGAAUUUAUGUCUCUUAUCUGGCUAUGAAGAUGGCCGGGUUAUGAUACAUAGGGAAAGGUCACCAGAUGCUGUUGAAAAAGGAAGCAGUGAUUGGCCAUCAUGGAGAUGGGAAAGACUAUAUAUCAACCAUCCACAUUCUCAACCAGUUCUUUCCUUCGCUCUCUCCCCCUUGGAGAAACAAAAAGAUCCUUUCUUCUUAUCAUCCUCCGCAGACGCAAUUCUUGCUAAACAUCCCAUCGCUACCACUUCUAAUUCAGCAUAUGAGCCGACUUCAGAAAGCACGCAUUCGCCACUCAAAGUUUUGAACACGAAACAUGCAGGUCAACAAAGUUUACGAAUACGCAAUGAUGCGAAAAUAUUUGCUACGGCCGGGUGGGAUGGGAGGAUUCGGGUCUACUCGUGCAAAAGUAUGCGGGAGUUGGCGGUUUUGAAGUGGCACCAUGGGGGCUGUUAUGCGGUUGCGUUUGCCGAUAUUGCGAGCCCGAAUAAAAAUGGCGAAAAUAAUAAUGCUGCUUUGGAAAGGGGUGCCAUCAUCCAUAUAGGUAACAUGAAGGCGGGGGCUGACAGUGCUGUCGAUGCACAUACAAAAACGGAAAACAUAGCGGUUAACCUUGCCAAUCAGCCCAGAUCGCUAGCGGAAAUAAAAGAGCAACGAAGCCGCAAGGCACAAUUUACACAUUGGCUUGCGGCCGGAUCGAAAGACGGAAAGAUAUCGUUGUGGGAUAUUUAUUGAUUUUAUCCAUUAUUCUACGCGAUAUUAAAUUCAUUCGCGCCUGCCAUAUGCUCCUUUACUUUCUCCCGCAUUUUGCGUACCGCAUCAGAGGCACUUGUGGCGUUGUUGACUUGCACGCCAUCCCUAGUGCCCUUCCUGUCAGCCUUGAAUUCCCUCUUUGUAUCUUCUUUACCAGGUCGAAGACCAGGCACAUUGAUCUUAGCGGGUCUAUCGCGCAGCGCAAAGCUCUUCGCCAAAUGGCCUAAAUGGAGAUCCUUGAUGUUAAACAUGUCCCGUUCACUGGCAAUAUGUGUCGCAUAAGCACGGAUAUGAGACUGGUACGCUCGUCUGGCCAUCUCGAGGACGGUCGGGUUCUCAAGCGCCCAGCGCUCGACGUCAAGCUGCCAUUCUGUUGCUUUGUCUUCCCAGCCCUUGCUCGUCGUUUCAGUGUUUCCACCAAAGCCACGUUUCAACGUCUCGUUCACAUCCGUGUGGGAAAUCUUAGCGCCGCUGUCUCGAUAACCCUGUUUUAGAGUUUCGACAUAUUUCUCUUCGUUGCCGGGAAGGAGGAAUAUGUGGGCUCUGCCGUCGCGUCCCAAUCUUGCGGUUCGGCCUAUUCGGUGGAGGUGAUCAUCUGAACUGAAGGCGGGGUCGUAUUCGACUACGAAAUCGACGUUUGGCAGGUCAAGGCCGCGAGCCGCAACAUCAGUGCAGAUGAGAACAGCUGCUUCACUUUGUCGGGAGAAAGCAGAGAGAGUUGAAGUUCUGAUAUGUUGAGGAAGUGAACCAUGAAGUUUAUAUAUUGUAACUGGAUUGGUAGGGUUCGAAAAAGCUGUUGAUUUCGCAAUUGUGCCAUGGAUAGAUGCUGGUUUGGUGUCGGGCGGUGAAGCUUUAGUAGUUUUGGCCUCUUUCUCUCCACUUUUGUUGUCAGAAUCUUGCCUGGAGAAAACCUCGAAAUGGAAAUCCACGGAAUCCGCACAAGAAACGAAAAUUAUUGUUUUCAUAAC